CCCCCCUGUAAUCAACCAUCAAUCCUCCCUCGGUUUCAUCUCCUUUAAAUGGUGUUCUUAUCCAUACAAAUCACCAUUGCUUCUCCACCCAAAAAAAAACAACAACCCCCAAUUCUUUAACUGUUACCAUCGCCAUUAUCAACCAUGAGCAACACCACCCAAACUAUCAAUGAACAAGACCCAAAAUCAGUGACAAACAAGCGUUACCUCCCUCUUUUAUUGGUCAACUAUGGCUUCCUCUUUAUAGGUUCUUUAUCUUCAAGCUUACUCUCAAAGUACUAUUUCAACCAUAAAGGUUCAAGCCGAUGGGUUUCAACUUGGGUUCAAUCAGCUGGUUUUCCUCUACUUAUAAUCCCCAUUGUUGUCCCUUACUAUCUCUUUAAAUCCACUCAAAGAAAACCCUUUACUGGUUUCACCCCUAAAAUCUUAGCCUUGUCUAUUUUCAUUGGUUUCAUGUUAGGCGUAAACAACCUUUUGUUUUCAUGGGGUAACUCAUAUCUCCCUGUAUCAACAUCAUCUCUCCUUUUAUCGUCACAAUUAGUGUUCAAUCUCAUCUUAUCUGUAAUCAUUGUGAAACAAAAAAUCACUUUCAUGAACUUAAACUGUGUUAUCUUGUUAACACUAUCUUCAGUUUUAUUAGCUUUGGAAUCUAGCAAUGACGAACCCCAUGAUGUAACUAAAACCAAGUACUUCAUUGGGUACUUAGCCACCAUUGGUGCUGGUUUGCUUUUUGCUUUGUAUCUUCCCAUUAUGGAGAAGGUGUAUAAGAAAGUUUACUGUUAUGCUAUGGUGAUGGAAAUGCAGAUGGUGAUGGAGGUUGCAGCGACCGUGUUGGCGAGUAUUGGGAUGGUGUUUGACGGUGGGUUUACGGAGAUGAAGAGAGAAGGGUAUCAAGUGUUUGAUAAAGGCGAGAAGGUGUAUUGGGCCACGGUGGUUUCCAACGUGGUGAGUUGGCAACUUUGUUUCAUGGGUACGGCGGGGAUGGUGUUCUUGACGUGUUCAUUGACGGGUGGGAUUUGCAUGACGGCGUUGUUGAUGAUGAAUGUGGUGGGUGGGGUGGUGGUUUACAAGGAGGAGUUUGGUGGGGUUAAGGUUGUUUCCACCGUGAUGUGUGGGUGGGGGUUUUGUUCUUAUGUUUAUGGGAUGUAUGUUAAGAAUAAGAUGUUGAAGGAUCGUGAUGAUGGUGGUGGUGGUGGUCAUGAUUCUGAUGAUAAGAAUGUUGGUUCUUAUAAUCCAAUUGAGAUGACUCAAAUUGUAAAUUCCUCUUCUUCUUCUUCUUCACCACCUCUUCACAUCGGGGUUUGAAAAUAUAUUUACCCUUCUAUUAGGAGUAUAUAUUGAAAUAUAUGUUUAUAUUUCUCUCCAUUUUCAAGAAAAUGAAAAUCUUCUAUUUCAAAUAAAUUGAUAAUUUGCACA